GUUUCAACGGCGGUCAUCACGUUCUAGAACAUUGGGAUGUUUUCUAGGGUGCUGUAUCCCAGGCAUCUUGCUGAGAUUUUUCCAGAAGGUGCAGAGUCGCUCGUUCUUGCUUCCUCCCCUGUUUCUUUGUAAACCACUCUUCCCACGAUAUUCAUGAUGGUUUGGUUUACCCUAUUUGUCGCUGCCUCGCUCCUGCGUCUAGCACAUUGCUCAGAUCCCAAUGACCAGGCUGCUGCUCUUCCAACAUCUCGUACAUUUCUCCCAGCUCGCGACUGGACAAUAAACCACAGGGAAUUCUCUCAACUCGAUACGACUACCACAGCGACCCUGAUGUUCAUGGAGGAACCCUCUUCUUCUAUGGCAAUGUCAACAACGAUGGACAUGAUAUACCAGACUCUGAUACUCGAAAACUCCGCCUACGUUAAUCGAGUCGUUUGUUCAUCAUCCUCAUCAUCUUCCCCCACGAUGACGAACAUCGAAGUCUCCUUCCGGAAUGAACAUGCUUUCGAGCGAUCGUCGCACUGGCCCGAGGAAUCAAUCGUGCUCAUCACGAAUAGCAAGACUUGCAACCCGAGGGCUGAACGGGGAGUGUUCUUGACCAAGAAGAGUGUUUACGACGCUGAGUCGCUCUGUGUACGUUUCGAAGCUCUCGCAGUGACCUGGACGGAUGUCGCCAACACGAUGGCAAUCAGUUACCUCGAGCUAGAGCAGAAAGACUCGGUCAUGAAGAUUCAGACAUGAGACCCGCUAGCUUGACUCUGCGCGACGUAAAGGUAUUCAAGAGACCCCUGUAGGUUCCUGGAAGCAUGGGAGGAAGAUGGUAUUUGCAUAUGCGGAUAAGGCCAUGGUUGAUACAUGAGCAGUAUGAGCAUGCAGUCAAUCUCAACCAGACGUAUUACUGUUGCCGAAGUGUGUUUGAUCCUGCCAAGCAAUGGGUCGUUGCCAUUCCUUGAACCUUAGAAACUCAGAA